AUGUCUCAUUUUGUUGUAAAGGAUCGAUGGGACUUGGAAGACGAACUCAGGUCUGACCGGCGAGAUGCUCCGGCAGCCUCCAGUAGAGACCUUGGCCACCACUCUGCGGCAGCGUCCAGCAGAGACCUUGGCCACCACUCUGCGGAGUCAAGAUUUUCUCAGCAGAGAAAAUCGGCCAUGCUGCAAGAAAAUCCUCAGGACAAACAGGAAAGCAGAAGGUCUUACAGUCGUCGCCAUUCCCGCCAUGCUGGGCGGCGCGGCCAGCGGAGCGCUCCCGAAAACCGUCCUCAUGACCCUCGAGGAAGAGGCAGCGCGACUGACCCUGGCUUCCGACGCCCUCGAGUGGAUUCUUCUGCAAACCAGCAGCAGCCGGCAUACGAAGACCCACGAGCGGGCUUCUCUGGCUCCAAAUAUUCUCGAGGAAGAUCUCUUCAGGAGAGAAAUACUCCGUUGCCACAGCACUCAUCUCGAAGCCAUGGUGACAACCGAGGGAGUUACUCCUCCCAGCACAGCCGGCACUACGACUUCCAUCCUCAACGGCGAGGGCAAGGACGAGGUCGAAGCCGAGAAAGACGAGAGAGACGCGCUGCCUGGCUGAAAACACUUCGAGGGCAGCAAGCCACUCAUUCCGGUCGAUUCAGCAGGGAAGGAGCAGGCGAACACCAUCACCACACCAUUGAUGCACCCUCCGCUGCCUUUGAUGCCACCUCUGCCAUCCAUAUUGGCUCCUCCACCGCUCCCGGUGCCUCCUCUACUGCCCAUGGUGACUCCUCAACUGCGGAUGAUGGCUCCGCCACCGCCGCCCAUGGUGCCCCCUCCAGUGCCCAAGAUGCCGACUCCAGUGCCCAUGGUGCCCACUCUAGCGACCAAGAUGCCCACUCCAGCGCCCAUGGUGCCCACUCCGGCACCCAAGAUGCAGACUCCAGUGACCAAGAUGCCCACUCCAGCGCCCAUGGUGCCUACUUCGGCGCCCAUGGUGCCUGCUCCAGCGCCCAUGAUGCUCACUCCGGCACCCAAGAUGCAGACUCCGGCAACCAAGAUGCCCAUUCUGGCACCAAAGAUGCCCACUCCGGCGCCCAUGGUGCCCACUGCGGUGACCAAGAUGCCCACUCCGGCGCCCAUGGUGCCCACUCCAGAGCCCAAGAUGCCUACUCCGGCGCCCAUGAUGCCCACUCCGGCACCCAAGAUGCCCACUCCGGUGCCCAUAAUGCCGACUCCAGCACCCAAGACGACGACUCCGCCACCCAUGAUACCCACUCCAGCACCCAAGCUGCCUACUCCGGCGUCAAAGAUGCCCACUCCGGCGCCCAUGAUGCCCACUCCGAGACUCAAUAG